CCCCAAUGAAUUCCUUGGAUGUACUACAGGAUAGUUUGAAGAAGUGGGGUAAGGAGUAAGUGGGGAAGUUAAGAACAAGUUGAGAAAAAGGGAAGCAUAGUGAUCUGCAGCGACGCUUCGUAAGCAGAUUCAUUUGGUUUUCAGUCACGUAUUCGUGAUUCGUCGGUCCGUUUAUGAGUAGUUGUGCACUCGACUCACGCGUAGACAUUCAUAAUUCGUCCUCGCUGAUAUCUUGAUCGUAUAACUGACACUUGAUUCCCGACACCGACAGAGAAAUGAAGAAACAGGUAUAUUAAAAGAAAAAGAAAGAAAAGGGAAAGAAAAAUAUAAGCAAUGCUAUCAGUAAAGUAGAUCGCGGUGUGGGUCUAUACUCCUGUUAAAAGGCGUCGAGCCAAUUACCAGAGAAUCAGGCUCAAUUAAAAGGCGAGCAACAAUCGUCACAAUGACUGCUGCUUACACGAACGAUCCCGUAACCCAGGAACAGAACGUAGAGAAGAAGACAAGCACGAUAGACAAUAAAGCAUCGGAAAAUACGAAAGAGGAAACGAUGCGCGAGGAAAACACCGAAAUUACUUGUGUGGAAAUGACGAAGCUUGCUGCAACAGGUGGCCAGGAUCAAAAAGAAAUCCCUGUUAACCAGGAGAGAUCUACGCUUUGUAUAUCGGUUGACUCGUCGGCAUUCCUCGAGCAAAAAGGCAAAGAUAUGGAAAGACUGGAAUGCAAGAAAUAUUCCGAGGAUAGCGAAUCUUUGAAAAGAGACGAAAAUAUUGUACCGACGAUCGACGAUAAUCGAAACGCGAUUGCAGAUGCAACUGAUAUUAGAAACAGUCAAGUGUCGAGAAACGGUGAAUCCAGUGGAGCAAAGUCGUCCUCUGACUCGAUCGUAUCAACAAGAUUCGAUGCACUUCUCGUUGAGAGUGAUCCUGAAAAUACAAUGUCGGGAACACGUGGAACCGAUGCAUCCUCGAAUGAUAAUUUCACGAUGCAAGAAUUACAGAAUUCUAUUCAGAACGAUAUUAUAGAAAGCACGAACUUUACGAAUGAUCCAGAGGUUUGCAACGGAUUGCCGAAGGGUGCAGAUUUUUCAAAUGACCUAGAGGAGAUUUAUGAUCCAGAAAGUGAGCUAAAUUUCCACGAGGCUGUACGUGCUGGCGAUGCUAAGAGUGUUGCAGCUCUUCUUGCAAGGGACUCGCUACAAAACUUGGACGAACCGGAUUGGAAUGUUUCAGGUGAUCCACCCCUGUUAGUGGCCGCUACUAAUCAUUGUUUGUCCGUUCUUAGUUUAUUGCUUGCGAACGGAUGCGAUCCAGCUGUGCGUUCCCCCCGCGGUGAAACGGCGCUUCACAGAGUGAUUUUAAAUGGAGGACCAGGGAAUGUGCUACAAUUCGUGGGAGAACUCCUCAAGUAUGGCUGUCCUCCAGGCGUGAAAGAAGCUGGCGGUGGAUUGACAGCGUUACACGUACUAACUCGACAAUUAGCACAUGCGCAAGGAUCGAAGAAUCUCCAUCAUAACUUUGAUGCCGCUUUGAAGACGCUUGAUUUAUUAGCGCGUGCUGGUCCUGUUAACGCGAAAGAUCACCAAGGCCGUAGCGCGCUUCACAUUUUAGCUUCUUCCACUAUCUUCGACAAUAACCACAGAACUGAAAUCGAAUCUUUGAUCGAGACUUUGUUGGCUGCUGGCGCGGAUCCGGCAUUGAAGAACGAUCGAGGAGAGACUCCUUUGCACGAGUGUCUCGAGUGCGGUGCUUUAAACACAGCGUUUUUAUUGGUACAGCACACACCGACUGGUAUAAUGUCGCGAUACGGCGAAACUCCAUUGCAUAUCGCCUCUAGAAAGAAUUAUGCUGACAUGGUAGCAAAGUUAUUGGACCAAGGAGAAGAUCCUAGCGUGCAAGAUGCUGGUGGUAACACGCCGUUGCAUCUAGCUUCUGCGAGGGGUUUUCAUCAAAUCGUUUCUUUAUUAGUUACGUCUCCUCUCGCCCAGUUGGAGAAACUAAACACCGAAGGGUUGACUGCCCUCCAAGUAGCUGCGGAAAGUGGCUUUGUUAAUGCGGUGAAACUGUUGCUAAAAGCGGGAGCAGAUCCAAGUCAAACAGUCCACUAUUGCUCGACGACUCUUCAUCGUCAUCCUGAUAUUUCUGUUCUAAUAGAUCACGAAUUGAGUAGACGUCGACAGCUCGCUGCUUGAUUAUUUCGAAAUUAUUUUUCGUUAAUAGAUCGUUAUUCUAGUAAAACUGAUCGAGUUCUUUUUUCAAUACUAAAAUUAAAUAAAUAAAAUUUUGUUUGUUUAAUGGUGUCAAAGCAUUUAAUAUAUUUAGGUAGCUUUGAUGCUGUAAUUAAAGUAACAUCGACUAGAUGUAUGUUAAUUUUUUUACGUGGUUUAUACAAUUGUUAAGUUUAGCUACUAAAAUAUGUUGCAUAUAAAAAUUGUAUAAUCCUUUUUUCAUUUAUAUAGGAAAUUUUGUAACUUCGUUAAAGUAAUGUUGAACAACAACUGAUUUCGAAGUAUUCCGAAAUCUAAAGUACAAUUUGACUUCGUUGAGUAUACAUAAGUUCUUGUUACAAUGUUAUAUUGCCAAUUGUAUGGGCUGGAUAUACUCUUUUUUAUUGUCAAAUGAUAAAUACUAGUAUUCGCUUGUUGCUCAAUACUGUCUAGUAUCGAUUAUUCGAAACUCGACGGAACUAAUUAAAACUAUAUGAAUGCCAUGAUUUCUGGCUGUGGUUAAAACUGCACUUUAAAGACUGUGUGAUACUGAUAUAUACAUUUUAAAUAAAGGAAUAAUAUCAAC